GUGGAAAAAAGUUUUAGUUCUUCCACGACUCUGUACGCCUUUGCAUCUUUCUCCGAAACAUCCUAUCAGUUGUCCGAGAGUCGUCCUAGUCCCAAUCCCGAAUUUAGGGCUCCUCAUUCUCUUUCUCUCUCCUCUGAAGUCCAAUGGGCUGACCACCUACUGGUAAUCACGUAGUCACUCUCGCAAGAGAAAAGAAGAGAUAAUGGUGUUCUAGGUCUGGUUGUUGUAGAGAGGGAAGAGUUAGAGCUUAAGAGUGAAAUGGUGUUCAAAGGCAGAUUCUUCUCUUCUUCCUCUUCCUCAUCUCACAAGCAAUCCACACCCAAGCAUCAGGCCUCACCAUCAUCAGAACCCUCCGCAAAUGGAUCCAGCAGCCCGAAAACCCCGACACUCGAUCUGACGGUCAGAUCGGACAAGAAGAAGGGCCGACAAGUGAAAGAGGACCCUCAGAUCGGCCUCGGCCCCUGUCGACAAACCCUAGCCAAAGACUCGAAAUCCAAAAAGAAGGAGAUCAAGCCAAAGGAAUCACCAUUAAAGCAAGACCUCAAGGAAAAGGGGCGCUCUGCAAGUAAUUCUGUAGUGACGAAGUUGAAGAAGAUCCAUGUGGAUUCGGUCAAAGAUGAGAAUUUGAAAGCUAGGUUACCUGACCUUGGCUCUUGCCCUCCAUCUCAAAACCUUGUUGUCACAUUAGGGCUCAACAGGAUCAAAACCAGGUCUGGUCCUUUACCUCAGGAGGCUAGCUUGAAGGCAUUUGCUGAUGGUAUGAGCAUGAAGAGCUCGGGGCCUGGAGCUAGCAAGCUUUCAAGGACCGAGGCCUCUUCUUCUGCUCAGAAUUUGAGUAGGAAUAAUAGUAAUAGUAUUAGUCCAGGGAAUAGUAGUGGGGCGAAGGUUUCUCCUUUGAAUAAAGAGUUGCAAAGGAGGGGGGUAUCUCAUGAUAAUAUUUCUUGUGGAAGUUGGGUUGAUGCAGACAGCAAUUGCGAUAGCAUGUCAACAGGGGGGCAGUCAAGGGAUCAGAGCCCAAGUGUGGACGUGGGGUUUAAAAACCCAAGCUCGAGCAAUGGUUCAGCAGAAGCAGGACAGAGAAAUUUUUUAUGGAGUCAAUCUGAAGGGUUUAAUAGUUCAAAUGUUUGUACUCCUGAUGCACAGACCCCUUGCGGCAUUUCUGAGGCUCCAAAUGAAUCCGAAUCUCCCCGUUUUCAAGCCAUAAUGCGGCUUACAAGUGCUCCCAGGAGGAAUCCUGGUGAUAUCAAAAGUUUCUCGCAUGAGUUGAAUUCUAAAGGAGUGAAGCCAUUUCCAUUUUGGAAGCCUCGCGGGCUGUUUAACUUGACUGAGGUUGUAGCAGUCAUUCGUGCAAAAUUUGACCGAGCAAAGGAAGAAGUGGACUCUGAUCUAGCCGUUUUUGCAGGGGAUUUGGUUGGUCUCCUUGAGAAAAAUGCCGAGGUUCAUCCUGAAUGGCAGGAAACUUUGGAGGAUUUGUUGAUUCUAGCUCGACAAUGUACCAUGAUGUCACCAGGGGAGUUUUGGUUACAAUGUGAAGGCAUAGUUCAAGAUAUUGAUGACCGAAGGCAAGAGCUUCCUAUGGGAGUGCUGAAGAAACUUUACACUCGCAUGCUCUUCAUUCUCACAAGAUGCACACGAUUGCUUCAGUUUCACAAGGAAAAUAGUUUUGUGGAAGAUGAGCCUUCUUUUGCACAUCGUCAAAGUGGUGCCUUGGGCUACAGUGCAGAAAAGAUGAUGCCUUCUACAGUACACAGGGAUGAGGGGUUUUUCAGUGAUGGUAAGAAACUGAAGGCCAAAUCCACUAUGAAGUUUUAUAGCCAAGAACAGGACAGUUUGUGGAGGAGAAGUCAAGCUGUGGCUUCUUCUGCAACUAUUUCCUCCCAGCCUGAUGCAGAAGCUACAAAAAAUGUUAGCUCACCUUCUAGCAUGGGGCGUUUUACGUCUUACAAGAAAUUCAACUCUGCAUCAGCUGAGAAGAACCAGAAAGAAUCCUUCCAUGUGAAAGAGGAACCAUCUUCUGGUAAAGUGGAUACAAUGCGGUUGUCAGAUAGAGGGAAAACAGGUUCAGAUACUGAUCUUUUAGCUUUAAAAUCUUCAGAGCUUGCUGGGCAAUCUUCUGUUCCUGCUAAGCAUCACCACAAGGUUUCCUGGGGUUAUUGGGGAGACCAACAAAAUGUUUCCGAUGAGCCUUCCAUGAUAUGCCGCAUUUGUGAAGAGGAAGUUCCCACUUUUCACUUGGAAGACCACUCUAGAAUCUGUACACUAGCAGACAGAUGCGACCUCAAGGGCUUAAGUGUAAAUGAGCGUCUGGUUAGAAUCGCCGAAACUCUUGAGAAGAUUAUGGAGUCCUAUACACCAAAGGAUGCACAGAAUCUCUCAGGAAGCCCUGAUGUUGCUAAAAUCUCCAACUCCAGUGUAACUGAAGAUUCUGAUAUCAUGUCUCCAAAGCUAAGUGAUUGGUCUCGAAGGGGAUCCGAAGACAUGCUUGAUUGCUUUCCAGAAGCUGAUAACUCUGUUGUCAUGGAUGAGCUGAAGGGUCUACCAUCAAUGUCAUGUAAGACUCGAUUUGGCCCAAAAUCUGAUCAGGGAAUGGCAACGUCAUCAGCGGGCAGCAUGACUCCCCGGUCUCCGUUAUUAACACCAAGAAUUGGCCAAAUUGACUUGCUUUUAGCUGGAAGAAGCACCUUCACUGAAUAUGAAGAUCUUCCGCAGAUAACUGAGCUUGCUGAUAUUGCUCGGUGUGUUGCGAAUGCAACAACAAAUGAAGAUCAGGCAGUGGAUUAUCUUGUUUCCUGUCUUGAAGACCUCCAAGAGGUUGUUCAGCGAAGGAAGCUGGAUGCUCUCACAGUGCAGACAGUUGGAGCACGCAUAGAGAAACUUAUUAAGGAGAAAUAUAUGCAACUAUGUGACGUGGUUUACGAUGAAAAGGGGGACAUUUCUAGUAGUGUAAUUGAUGAGGAUGGUCCAAUGGAAGAUGAUACAGUUCGUAGCCUUCGAGCAAGCCCUAUUCAUUCAUCAAGCAAGGACAGGACUUCAAUAGAUGACUUUGAAAUUAUAAAACCAAUAAGCAGAGGGGCAUUUGGACGGGUUUUCUUGGCAAAGAAAAAAACAACGGGUGAUCUCUUUGCCAUUAAGGUUCUUAAGAAGGCUGACAUGAUCCGUAAAAAUGCGGUGGAAAGUAUAUUGGCUGAACGUGACAUAUUAAUUUCUGUUCGCAAUCCCUUUGUGGUCCGUUUUUUCUACUCAUUCACGUGCCGGGAAAACCUCUAUCUUGUAAUGGAGUAUUUGAAUGGAGGAGAUCUCUACUCUUUGUUAAGAAAUUUGGGUUGCCUGGAUGAGGAUGUUGCUCGGGUUUAUAUAGCUGAAGUUGUCCUUGCAUUGGAAUACUUGCAUUCUCUGCGUGUGGUGCAUCGCGACUUAAAACCUGACAAUUUGCUGAUUGCUCAUGAUGGUCAUAUCAAGUUGACAGAUUUUGGACUUUCAAAGGUUGGUCUCAUCAACAGUACUGAUGAUUUAUCUGGGCCAGCAGUCGGUGGAACUUCUCUUCUUGGAGAAGAUGAGCCUCAGGUUUCUGUGUUAGAGCAAUCAGAUCAAAGGGAGAGGCGGCAGAAGCGCUCAGCUGUGGGCACACCUGAUUAUUUGGCACCUGAAAUACUUCUGGGAACAGGACAUGGCACAACUGCUGAUUGGUGGUCUGUGGGUGUCAUUCUCUUUGAGCUGCUUGUGGGCAUUCCACCCUUCAAUGCAGAACAUCCACAGGCUCGAGUAAUGGCUUUUGUACUUUGAAGUGGUUCUAGGGUGGUUCACAGAGUGGUGAUCUAUAUACAGGAAAGUUACCGGUAUUGUCCAAUCCAUCCUACGAGUCUCUUACAAAAAUAUCAUCUUUCUUACAAAAAUAUCUUCUUUAUUCCAAUUUCAACUGUCCACCUGCUUGGAGUGAAAUAGUGUGUUCGCAGUUUUUACUUGAUUUUUUGUCUUUCUAUUUUUGCUGCGAUUGUUAUACCCAUUUGUCAUUUAUGCAUGGCUUCAAUGAUUAUGAAUUUUGAGGAAUAAAGCUGUUUUAACUCAUGGCCCCGCAUGUUUGUCCAGUUUGUAUCCUUAGUUGAUCACAGGGGUCAUCAUUACAUUACAUGCAGAAAUCAUUAGUGCUUCUGUUCAAUGUUUCUCAAAAUGGGGUUGUUCCUUAUCCGAGUAACUGGCACAAUGGAUGUCUAUUUGGUUUUCAUAUGUUUUCUGCUGAGUUUUCCAGGCUCCACAACGCUAAUUCGGAAUGGUUCUAAUUCUAUACUUCCUAUCCAACAAUAUAGACUUGUCCCCCUGUUUUUUCCAUAAGUUUGUCCUUGUGAGAAUGUACAAGUUUUUGGUUAGUCUUGUCUUUGCCUGAAGAAAAUACAUGUGAUGCCGCGGAUCUGUGCAAUUUAAUAUCCAAUAAAAAUGACUAAAAUAUGAGUGGCAUAAAUAUUUUUUGUUUAUUCAGUACAUUUUGUAUUUCUAAUCAGCUAUUUCAAAAUAACAUUUUGUAUUGCCUUUAUUUUUUAUAAUCUUGGUGGAUUUGUUAAGUUAUUUAUUUGGGUGAGGAGCAUCUGGGAAAUUUAAUAUCCAAUAAAAAUACCUAUGCAGACAAAAUGCCCAUUUGGAAACAUGAUGUUAUGGUUUGUUUGGAGUAGUUUACAUGUGUUUGCUAAGCAGUGUGUAAAAUGAUAAUAAACCCGGGUAUCUUCUAUAAAUAUUGCAUUCCAGGAUAAUUCAGUUUGUUAUUUUGCAUUUGUAC